UUUUUUAUUUAAAGGACCUUAUCUUCGCCAUACCUGGUUGUCCAAAUUAGGCAUAAUGUGUUAAUUCCACGACUGUAUAUAUUGGUAUCGGUUGAUAUCGGUAUCGGCAAUUAAGGGUUUGGUCAAUAUCGGAUAUCGACAAAAAGCCAUUAUCGGACAUCCCUACUCACAACCUACCGAUCUCAGGGCGGACACUCAAACCACUAUAAUUGUCUAUCGAUCAAAGAUGCACAUCAAUGAAGGAGAUAAAUAAAAAAAAUGAAAUGAAAAAAUAAUUAAUUAUAUUUGGAAUCAGAUACUCAAAUGUGCCAUUAAUUAUUUAAUGUAAAAUCAUAGUUAAUAAUUUUAUAAAUGAUCGAUUUCAUGAUGUAUUUAAAUACGUAAUUAAAUCAAAUAUUUAAUUACAUUUUUGAAGAUGUAUUCAUUACAUUUUGCCCCAUUUGGCCCUUCAUGAAUAACAAGCAUGAGUCCGUUUAACCACGUCUGAUCAUUUAAUUUCACCAAAACAAACUUGCAUCGAAUUUACGUCCGAGUGGUCGAUCCCUAAACACACCACAAGGAAGCGCCCGUACGCUUUUCCCCAUUCAUGGCGUCAGCGGUCUCCCAGCAACAGGCCGGCUCAAGCGCCUUUGCAAUUAUCCGCCAAAGCUCUUAGUCAAGCCAGCGUAAACAAUCUCAUAGCAACCGGAAAUCACUAAACAAAGUACGACAAACCAAAAAGGGAAAAAGUCGGUAAUGGUCGACGUGAGAAUGUUAGAAACACAUAAAACAUGUUAUGCUGGGAGUUUAUUGACUAGUUGUCGUACUAACCAUUAACGGCGUUUAAUUUGUGUCAAGUGAGCGUGUAUAUUUCAUUUAUUUUGGAAUGCACGAACCGGAAGCGAGGCUUACACAGAGUCAGGUUUUACUCCCCCCGGGUCCGCUGAGCCGCUGCAUCUGACGCGAGGGAAGCAUGGAGCGCCACAGGACGCGUUGGAGACUGUCACCGAGGCGGCGGGGAAAAGUCUCACUUUGUGACGUGUUUCCAAAUUAGGACUCAGCAUCCUGACACGGCGCGGAGCUUCCACUCGCUCCAACUCUUGACUUUUCCACUCACUGUGCGUCUUCUGACGGCGUGACACAAACAAUUUGUCUGGCGACUUGAACUGGACCUGCUUCUCAAAGGACGGAGUGUGGAGUGACACCUUGGACCGGACCGGACCGGACCGGACAUGAAUCGGGGGUUCUUUUGGGCCGACAUAUUACCUUUUAUUUUGGGACAAUAAAGUAUUUGAAGAGCAUGUCAUGGGACAAGUAAGAGUUCUCUGAGCCUGGCACGGAUCGGAACCGUUCGGAACCAUGGUGAAAUUUCAUAACUCGGACCUAUGGAUAGCCUGGAUGCUCAUUUUCUGCAUGGAGGGUUCAUGGUUUUGCACACACACUGGAAAAGCGAGCGUACAUGCACUGGAUGUGAUGGUGUCUCAGAGCAGCAUCCAGGUCGCCCGAGGCCAAGCAGCCGUCCUGCCUUGCUCCUUCACCACCAGCGCUGCUCUCAACAACCUCAACAUAAUCUGGAUGGUGAUCCCACUGUCCAAUGCCAACCAGCCUGAACAGGUGAUUAUCUACCAGGGUGGCCAGGUGUUCAGCCUCGCCAACCACCUCAACGGUCGUGUGGGGUUUGUGUCCACCAUGCCAAGUACAAGUGCCUCCAUCUUCAUCAACAACACCCAGCUGUCAGACACGGGGACCUAUCAGUGUCUGGUCAACAACCUCCCGGACAGAGGGGGGCGCAAUAUUGGUGUCAUCGGGUUGACUGUGCUAGUGCCCCCUUCGGUGCCGGCCUGCCGGAUUCAGGGAACGCUGGAUGUGGGCAGCGACAUCAUGUUGUUUUGCAACUCGGACGAAGGUAUUCCCACGCCGUCCUACUCGUGGGAGAAGCUGGACGCGCUGCCCAAGCUGCCGCACAACGCCAUGCAAGGUAUUAGAAACAAGCUGGCCAUCGGGGUUCCCUUUUGCCCCACCUUUGCUGACCAGAUGCAGGGCACUGUAACGCUGAGAAACAUCAGCACUAGCACCUCAGGACUCUACCAGUGCACCUCCAGCAAUGUUAUAGGCAAGAGCACAUGCUUGAUCAAUCUGCAGGUUGUCGCACCCCAGCCUCAGAGUGUUGGUCUGAUAGCAGGAACAAUUGCUACCGGAGUGCUGGCCAUCAUCAUCUGCUCCAUGUUAGUGGUGGUCACCCUUUACUACUGGAAGAAUAAGAACAAGUAUGAUGAGGAGGAAAUCCCCAAUGAAAUCAGGGAAGACGACCUCCCACCGAAGAGGUCGUCGUCAGUGAAGGCUUUCCACGCCGACGCCUCGUCUUCAGAGAACGACACCCUGACGUCCACCAACACCUACAACAGUCGCUACUGGCACAACCCCAAACCCAACUACGACACCAACUCGUACACGCGCUACAACGGGGACACGCGGCAGACCUUCUCCAACGCGGUCCACGGCGCACACGGACACAGACAGUCCCAGAACCCGGGGCACGGCCACGGCUCGGCGGUGCCGCCGGCGCCGGGCUCGGCCCCGCUGUCUCGCCACGCCCAGCCCGCCACGACGACUUCCUCCUUUGCCAACGGCAGCCACACGCUCCCGCCGCCCAAGACCCUGGUGGUCACCACAAACUCCGCCCCCUCCCCGCCCACCAUGGUGCGCAGCAACGGCUCCGUGAGCCUCAAGCCCGUGGUGACGCCCACGCACGGGCAGCAUACGCACUCCUACGCCGUGAGUCAGGCCACGCUGGAGCGGAUGGGGGCGGUGCCCGUCAUGGUGCCCGCCCAGAGCAGAGCAGGCUCGCUGGUCUGAGGUCCGCCUGGAAAACAGGACUUAAUGAGUUUUUGUUGAAAUCCAGUGAAGAAAAUCAAAUUGAGUAUGGGCUGAACCAGCCUGCAGCCCUUUAUUUUACCACGACAACUGUGUCUUUCUCUACUCCUCCUUUUCUAUCUCACAACAAACUACAGUGCAGAGUUCAUAAAAUGCCAAUUUCUUGAUGGAAAUCAUCACCCGGGUUUAUUUGAAGGUUGAAGAUUUAAAUCAUGCUUUUAUUGGAUUUUACUUUCUUUUUGGAUGAUUUUAUUAUUAUUUUUUUAGAAGAUGGAACAAUUCACUACCUUCAUAAAUGCAUGUGUCCUGUGUUAUGCGAUAAGAAAUUCAUUAUUUCUGUCACCGGUGUCAUGUCUAAUGUAAGAAAUGUCACAAAUAAUAGUGAUCCCGAUGAUGAUGCAUCGAUAAAAGUGAAUGUCUGAUACGAGGGUUGAAAUGGCCUUAGAAGAGAAGAGAAUGAUGCAAUAUAAUAUACCUAAUUAUAAACAGAGAUUUUAUUGUGUCUAUGCACUUUUUAGAGCAACUUAGACAGCCUGCCAUCUUGUAGGAAUCUUAUUAUUCUUGUCAUGUUUCUUCAUUUUUUUGGGGGUAAAAAAAAAAAAAA